UGGCACGACAUCCUCCUGAUCCACCUGAACCAGCGCUGCAGCCACCUGAAGAGUGUCAGGCUGUGCGCCAGCCUGCUCGUACAGAGCCUCUACCCAAGUGACCAGUGCUUCAGCCCUGUUGUCACCGUCACUGAGGCCCAGCGUGCAAAGCUGCCCGUCACCCCCAUGCCACGGGAAAUGGCGUUCCCAGUGCCAAAAGGGGAGAGCUGGCAUGACCACUACGCCCACGUCCGGUUUCCAAGCCACAGCUCAGAAGCACCUCUGCAGCCCGUUCGGAGGAGCGAUUCCCCUGCGGAGGCAGGUGGGCCUGAGGGGUCCGUGGACGCCCAGGCCCAGGUCUGCGGAAUGUGCAGAGUUCAGUGGGAGGGGGGCCUGGCGGUGUUGAGUGUGGGCUGCAGCUUCUGUCCUGCAGCACGGCAAGCCAGGGGCCACUGCUCCCCUUGCCCUGUGCCCAGGCCUCUGCCCCCUACUCAGCAGACUCAGCAAGCCUGCCCAGGACAGCGUGGUCCCUGUGGCCCAGGCACCUGCCCCCCUGCAGUGAGUGCUCCUGUGCCCUUGGGGACGGGCUGGGGGACGACAGCCCCGGUGCUGACAGGCUCUUGUCCCCUGGAGUCCCGCCAGGCCCACUCGGUGCCCAGGCCCCUUCCGGAGGUCAGCUUGUCCAGUGAGCACUCAGAGGCCUUCCAUGCAAGCAGCCCUGGAGGCUGCAGCCAAGAGCCGUCGGCCUGGGCUGGGGUCACUGAGGAGUGUGCGGCUGGCAGCAGUGUUACCAUGUCCACCCAGAAGAGGCCUGCGGCCCUGGAGGACACGGCGCCCCGCAUGGUGAGAGGCCGUCCAAGGAAGAGCUUCCUCCCGGAUCCCAUCCUGAGGCUUAAGCGGGUCAUCGGCUUCGGGGGCCACAGCACCAAACCGGCCCUGUGGACCAGUGACGGGGCCGCUGUCAUGUACCCCUGCCACACCGUCAUUGUCAUCAUGCGCCUGGACACCUGGGAGCAGCGCCUCUUCCUCGGCCACACCGACAAGGUCUCUGCCCUGGCACUGGAUGGGAGUGGUUCCCUGCUGGCCUCGGCCCAGGCGCAGCCCCCCAGCAUGCUGCGCCUCUGGGACUUCCAGACGGGCAGGUGCCUGUCACUGCUCCGGAGCCCGGUCCACAUGCUCUGCGCCCUCAGCUUCUCUAGCAGCAGGGCCCUGCUUUGUGGAGUUGGCAGAGACCACCACGGGAGGACGGUGGUGGUGGCCUGGGGCACAGACCGGGUGGGGCAAGGUGGUGAGGUGCUUGUUCUGGCAAAGGCACACACUGACACUGAUGUCCAGGCAUUCGAGGUUGCCUUUUUUGAUGAAACCAGGAUGGCAUCGUGUGGGCGGGGCAGUGUGCGGCUGUGGCGGCUACGCAGUCAGGCACUACGUUCCUGCCCCGUGGACCUGGGGGAGUACCAGGCGCUGGAGUUCACCGACCUAGCCUUCAGGCAGGCCCAGGACAGCAGUACGCUCUAUGUGUGUGGCAGCAGCGGCCACAUCGUGGAGAUAGACCCCCAGCGCAUGGCCGUGUGGCAUGCUCGCCGCCUUCUGCCCGUGCAGACCCCCAGCAGGCCCCUCCCACAGAAGCAGACCUUCAGCUCAGGCACUGGCAUCGCCAUCAGCAGCAUCAGCGUCUCCUAGGCCAUGUGUGCCGUGGGCUCUGAGGACGGCUACCUGCACCUCUGGCCCUUGGACUUCUCUUCUGUGCUCCUGGAAGCAGAGCACGAGGGCCCCAUCAGCUCGGUCCACAUCAGCCCAGAUGGUUCGUGUGUGCUGUCCACCACCUGCUCGGGCCAGCUGGGCUGCCUGGAUGUCCCCUCCCGGGAGUACAGUGUGCUGGCACGCUCCCACACCGCCCCAGUGCUGGCCCUCGCCACUGAGCACAGUCGAGGGCAGCUGGCCACUGUGUCCCAGGACCACACCGUUCGCAUCUGGGACCUGGAGACCCUGCAGCAGCUGUAUGACUUCACGUCACCCGAGGAAGCCCCGUGCACCGUUGCCUUCCACCCCACGCAGCCAACCUUGUUCUGUGGCUUCCACAGUGGGGCUGUCCGUUCUUUCAGCCUGGAGGCCACUGAGGUCCUGGUGUAGCACAGGUGUCACCGAGGAGCCAUCACCGGCCUGGCUGCCAGCCCCGACGGCAACCUCCUGUUCAGCUCCUGCUCUUGGGGUGCCCUGGUCCAGUACCACUGUGCUGUCAUCCGCUGCCACGUCCUACAUGUGGCAGGUCAGUGUUUGUGCCAGGAUGCCCACCUGAGCCCCAACACCCUCGCGCUCAGUGGGGAUAGCCGCUAGCUGGCAUUCGUGGGUCCCUCCAAGCACAUGGUGAUAGUCAUGGAUGCAAUCUCUUUGGAGAAGCUGCUGCAGGUUGACGUCAGUGCCCUGGACCUGGCCUGCAGACACCAGGAUUCUGCUGUGGCUGUGUGCUUUGGCCCCGCACCUCCUGACCAUCUGCUGGUAUCUACGGCGUCCAAUACAAUCGUCGUGCUGGACACCGUGUCAGGCCGUGUGGUCCAGAAGCUGCCUGGCGCCUCUUCUGGGGCCUGCUCCUCCUUGGCUGUCAGUGGGGAUGCCCGCCUCCUGCUGACGGCCGCCUGCCAGGCGAUCAAGGUGUGGGACUACUCGAUGCAGGCCGGCCCUGCCUGCCAGGUGUACAUUGGCCACUCAGAGCCUGUGCAGGCUCUGGCCUCCACCCCCAACCAGCAGCAGCUCCUCAGUGCGGGCGAUGCCGUCUUCUUCUGGGACAUCCUGGCCCCCCUGAGAGGUCGCCCCCAGAAAGUGCCCGUGUCUCGCCCAGGGUCCUCCCUACCUUUGAGGCAGGUGAGUGGUCCCACCACGCUGGCAGGCUCUGUGCUGAGAUCUCUGCAGCCACUGUGGGCAGCACAGGCCAGUUCCUUUCCUGGGGUUCCCAGCACAGAGCUGGGCGCAGUGGGCUGGACACACCUCCCCCAACUCACUCAGCCCUCCGAUGCCCUGAACGCAGCUGGGCUCCUUCUGUCCUCAGUCUGGGGUGCAAGACAGCUGGAGGACGCAGCUUCGGGGGCCGGUGGGCUCCCUCGGCAGCAGGUGCCCAUGCCCUCCCCGGCAUCCCCACCUCAGCCGGGCAUCUGCGAUCGACACCCGAGGGUGGUGACAGUGAGGGCAGGGCCCGGGGGCUGGCAGGGAAUGCUGCUUCAGGCCUGUGGGGCGGGCCGUGGGGGGCAGAGGCUCUGCGCCCCCCUCCCCACGGCCCCCCUUCCCCAGGCACUUUCUCUGUGUCAGAUGAAGAAGUGCUCUCUGAGCGGAGUCACAGCCCUGAGGGGCCCCAUCAGGCCUCAGGCCCACCCGCGCUGGGGGAGGAGGCCUGCCCAGCCGGAGACGAGGCCCGGAGGAGGACUGCCUGUCUCAGCGGCUGGCUCACCAGGUGCUCGGAGCAGGAGAUCCCGGGCAGGGCCUGCCACCCGCCAAGACUCCUACCAGCACUUUGUGGCUCCCUGCAAGGCCUCCCCAAGGGCCAAGAGCAUCUCCCCAGCUCCUGGUGGCGGAUGGCUGCACCUGAAGGCUGUUGUGGGCUACAGUGGGAAUGGGAGGGCCAACGUGGUCUGGGGUCCAGACACAGGCUUCUUCGCCUACAUGUGCGGCUGCCUGGUGGUGGUGGAGGACCUGCACUCUGGCGCCCAGCGGCACUGGCCUGACCACCCUAAGGCGAUCUCCACAUUAGCCCUCAGCCACGAUGCCCAGAUCCUGGCCUCUGCCUUGGGCUGCAGCGGUUCCACCCCCCGGGGCCAGAUCCGCAUCUGGGACGUGCCCUGGGGCUCCAGCCGGCAGCUCGCCUCCCACCAUGACGCUGCCAUGCAGGCCCUGGCUUUCUCGCCGGAUGACGGGCUACUGGUUGCACUGGGGGACUAUCUUGACUGCACUCUGGCCCUGUGGAGCAUGGCUACCUAUGAGCUCCUGUCUUUCACCCGCCUCCUUGAGCCGGUGCAUGGCAUGGCCUUCAACCCCUGGGAUGCCGGGGAGCUCGCCUGCGUGGGCCCGGGUGCCGUCACCCUGUGGCUUGUGCAGCAGCAUGGGGCCGACAUCAGCCUCCAGGUGCAUCGAGACCCCAUUCCUGAGGAGGUGGCGGCAGGCACGCUGACCUCUGUCUGCUAUGGGACCGUGCCCUUGCUCUACGGUGGCUCCAACACUGGCCAGGUCUGCGUCUGGGACAUGCAGGCCCACCGCUGCUUCCUGGCCUGGGAGGCGGAUGAUGGUGAGAUCGGUGGGUGCCCUGUGGCCCCCUCCAGGUCUGGCCUGGCCUCUCCAUUGGAGCCCGCAUCCUGGGUACUGAGACCAUGUGUCACAGUGUGGGCACCUGGGCAGCAGCCCUGCCAUCCCUGUCCCCGAGGCGUGCUGCUGUGCUCAGGUGCCCGGCUGGUCAGCAGCAAUAACACUAGGCGGCUACGCCUGUGGGCGGUGGGAGCCGUGCCGGAGCUGAGGUGCAGGGGCUCUGGGGCCAGGUUCGGCUCAGUGUUGAGGGAGCUCGAGCUGACCCUGGACGGGGCCAUUGUGAGCGUGGUCUUCCAUGACAGCAUGGACAUGGGUGUGGUGGGCACCACGGCAGGCACACUCUGGUUCAUCAGCUGGGCCGAGGGCAGCAGCACGCACCUCAUCAGUGGCCACAGGAGCAAGGUGAAUGAGGUGGUUUUCAGCCCCAGUGAGUCCCACUGUGCCACAUGCUGUGAUGACGGGAGCAUGAGGGUGUGGUCCUUGACCAGCAUGGAGUUGGUGAUCCAGUUGCAGGUGCUGAACCAGAGCUGCUUCUGCCUAGCCUGGAGCCCCCCGUCCUGUGGGCGUCCCGAGCAGCAGCGGGUGGCAGCAGGCCACAGUGAGGGCACACUCAGAGUCUUCAGCCUCUCCCGAGUCGAUGAGCUCAAGAUGCACCCCCACCUGGCUGCACUGACAGCCAUUGUGUUCUCUGCUGACGGUGAGGGGACCAUCCUCUCUGGAGACAAGGAUGGGCUUGUAGCUGUGAGCAGCCCCCGAACAGGCGUGACCUUCUGUGUCCUGAGUAACCACGGUGGUGCCCUGAUCUCCACCAUCCAGAGCACAAGCAAAGAGUAUGGAGACUUCAAUGUGGAGGGCUCAGACCUGUGGCUGGCCACCAGUGCAGACCAGCAUGUCAGCGUCUGGGCCUCUGACUGGGUGCGGAACCACUGUGAGCUUGUGGACUGGCUGAGCUUCCCGGCACCCACCCUCAUGGAGAGCCUCGGCUGUCCGCCGCGCCCCCUCGCCGCCUUCUGCCCCUGGGACGGGGCGCUGCUGGUGUGCGCCGGCCUGGGUGUGCACCCGGAAGUGGUCUUCUACAGCCUCCGCCAUAAGCAGGUGGUGGAGAUGAUCCCGCUGCCUUUCUCUGCUAUGUCCCUGAGUCUGUCCCCCUGGGCCCACCUCAUGGCCAUUGGCUUUGCUGGUCGUGUGCUAAGGCUGGUGGACUGUGAGUCGGGGUCUGCACAGGACUUGGCUGGCCACAGCGACUCCGUAUGGCUCUGCAGGUCCGCCCCUGCCUCCCGGCUGCUGUUCACAGCCCGCAACGAGAUCUUGGUGUGGGAGGUCGCAGGCCCCCGACCGGCGGCGGGGACCGUGGGGUCAGGUGUACCCUGCCGGUAUUACCGGGCGCCCGGCUGGAGCAGAAGCUCGACCGAGAAGCCGUGCUGGCCGUGGGCCUGAUGACUCCGUGGGGUGGGCCGUGCUGGACGUGCCCACGACUCUGUGUGCGCGUCAGGACCCUGAACGUGGGUGAAGGGCUUGUCCAUUCUUUACCUGAGGGCUUUUCCUGCUUCUGCCUUGCGGUUCAAAUAAACGUGUGUGUUGGCUUGUG